AUGAGAACGAUUCCGGCGUUCACACCGACGACACUCACCUGGAUGGUUCUGGACGAUGCACGGCGAGCAACCGUUCCACCGCUGACUCGGCAAUCUUAUGUUCCUGCAAAUAUAGGGGCGAAUAGGGGCGAUACUCUACUGGAUGAGGUGAACUACUGCCUGUGCCUAGUCGAAAGAAAGUACUCUCACGGCUCAAUCGAGUGA